AUGGUGCACGUGGAGUACCCAUAUGACCUUCAGGAGCUAAAGCCAGGCGGUUCCAUCACCUACUGUCACAGUCUUCCACGCAGGUACAGGGAGCAGCUGGAACCCGGCGAAACUUACGAGCUGGUCUGGACCGGUACAAAGAUUCCUUUGUGGGACUGGGGAGUCCCUAGUGACUAUGUGGGGUCCCGCCUGGCUGCUAAUCCGUCACAGCCGGAUUUAAUCUUACCGGGAGGUCCACGUGUUACAUUUACAUAUGAGCAGAUAGAGUCUCCGGCCUUUAUUCGCCGGCAAUCCACCCCACCAUUACUGCUAUCAGACCGUGUACAGGGCGCCCCCAUACUGAGCGUAGAGCUCUCCGGUCCGAAGAUAAUUACUCCCGAGGGAAAACACUAUGCAUCGUUGCAUGUUCGCUACCAUGGUGGCCCCACACAUCAGCCGAUAAUAUUUCGUAACCAUGUGAUCUGGGAGCUGCUUCGCUCCUAUCGUCUAGAGAGCGGAUUGUGGGAGCUUCAGGAGGGCCCCUUUGGAUGUUCUGGGCUGUUCCUGGAUGAUCCUAAUAUCACAGUCAAUGUAGUGGAGGACGAAGGCUUCAUUACUCUUAAGCCGGGAGAAUACUGGAGUUCCUCAUGGAUAAUCCUAGAGGACAUCUAUGGUUGGGAAUGGGACUACGGGGGAGUGGACGAACAUGCCGACACAAAUGUCCAGAUACCACCGCAUCCUUGGGGGAAGGUGACUGAUCCGGCGGACAAUGGGGGUCGACCUCAGCUUGUGAUACCGGCGUCAAAUGCGAUUGAGUUUCGCAUUGUAGAGAAAGAAUGA